AAUAUUGCAGUCUAACAAAAUAAAAAGGGGAUCGCUUUGGUUUUGAUUUCACAGUGUUGAAGGAGACCGCGGCGCUGCUGCUGGAGAAAUGGACGCGUCGUGCGGAUUACGACAGUUUUGUGUUCCAUGGCGAACUGCUCUGAGAGGAUAAAUCGCGUGGUCAAGUUUUUCAGCUGAGCAGUUCAGGAUGAAUCCACGGAGAGACGUGGGGCCGCUCCGGUGCGUGGGACUCACUGCGCUUCUCCUGUGCGCAGUGGCAGACAGUAAGGUGAUCCUAGAGGGGCUACAGAGGUACGGCCCCACGCCAAUCUAUCUGCCUGUCAGUUACCAGAUUCUCAACGCUGAGUCGGUGUUCUUCCUGCAGGAGGCAAACCAGGACUUAAUGAGGAACUCCAGCCUGCAGGCACGCACAGAAUGCUUCUUCAUCCACCAGGCUCGGCAGAUGCCCUUUGUCAAUGCUAGCUAUGGGCCUCUGUCCAUUCAGCAGCCUGUUCCUGUGGAGCUGCUACAGACUCUGCCAGGGCCUUUCAACAGCCCAUCCUUUAUGUCAACAUCUGUGCCAACAUCUUCAACACCUCUCUUCACGUACAACUGGAAGGUCCAUACCUACAUUAUAAGCGAGAGGAUUCACCCCAGCUGGCCAAAGGUCCAGGUACUGUUCUACAUUGUGGGGCGGGACUGGGAUGACUACAGCGCCACCCACAACCUGCCCUGCAUCCAAAUGUUCGCCUUCCACGAGACCCAAGAGGUGCGAGGGACGUGCAGGUUGAAAGGCGAGCUGGGGAUAUGUGUGGCUGAACUGGAACCCCUCGCCACCUGGUUCAGCCCUCCCACAGUGAGGCCCGGCAGGCAGAGGGUCUCUGAGCAGGCACAGGGCACACCUGUGGAACUGUACUACAUGGUUCAAACCACUGAGAACGGAGACUGUAGCUCUGAGGACUCACGAAAGGCCAGCUCCUUUCAUACAGAUCACCAGACGCCAAUGGGCUACUUUUCGGGGCCUACACCAAUGCAGCGCAUUGGGAGCAUCAGGCUGUUUCAACCUCUGGUGGAGCUGAAGUUGGACAAUAACUUUGUGAUGAUGUCACCCUCCAAACCAAUCCGGCAGAGAGAGACAGUCUCGAAUUUUCUUGCUCUGUCCACCCUUUCUUCAGUGCAGAUAUUCACUCUGAGGGUCAAGCUGAAAGACGGCGUGGCAUUUCUGGGGGCCCAGGCAAGUAACCCGGUUGUGUGGACGGUCAGUCAGGAUGUCAGAAGUGAAGGCCACAGGAUUGUCACCCUUCACUGCCGCAGGAAGGAAAACAGUUUUACUCAAAGAAUGGAGGCAGCGGGCUACCAGCGAGUCCUGCAGGUGGACCUGGAGGUGAACGGCUUGAUGUGGACUCAGGGGGGCAGGGAGGUGACGUGGCAGGUGGAGUAUCCGCUCACCCGCACCCUGACCAGUGAGGUGCAGACCCUCAUUCGCCCGGCACCGCAAGACCUGGGCGGCAUCGUGCCACUCGCCAUGGACGACGAGAUCCUCAACACGGCCGUCCUCACCGGGCGCACGGUCGCCGUGCCGGUGAAGGUAGUCACCGUGGGAACAGAUGGAGCAGUCUCUGAUGUAACGGAGUCCGUGGAGUGCAAGUCAACAGAUGAGCAGGUUAUCAAGGUGUCGGAGCGAUGCGACUACGUUUAUGUCAACGGGAAGGAAACGAGAGGAAAGAGCAGGGUGUUGCUGAACUUUACCUACAGUUUCCUGAGUGCCCAGCUGGAGAUGAGUGUGUGGAUGCCCCGCCUGCCCUUACUCAUCGACAUAGCCGACUCUGAGCUCAGUCAGAUUAAGGGCUGGAGGAUCCCCGUUACUAUGGUCAACAGAAGGUAUGAAAGAGUAACUGAUGAUAAAGACGGUGAUGCAAGGGAAGAGAGGACAGAAACUGGCUGUUCGGCCCAGUACCAGAGCACCACCCUACGUGUCCUCACUCACUUUGUAGCCGAUACUGAAGAAGGAAGAGGCGUGGGCGAGGAUGAGGGGCUGGGCCAGCAGAACUUUCUGUUGGGUAGUGACUGGCAGGUGGAGGUGACACAGUUGGUUAAGGAUUCUCUGAGGGUGUUGGACCCAAAGAUUGCACUACUGCAGGAGGAUCAAGUCAUAACAGGAUUGAGCGCUGGCACCACCAAAGUCCAGGUGUUGUCUCCUCUGACGUCUUCGGUCCUGGCUGAAAGGAGCAUCCGGGUUCUGGAUGAUAAAGUGAGUGUGAUCGAGCUGGGUGUGCAGGUGGUAUCUGGACUCUCACUGUCUUUGCAACUCAGCCCAGGGAGCAACAGGGCAAUUGUCGCCACCACAACCACACAAGAAGUCAUUGAUUCGCUCACACAGGAAUCCCUCAUCAGUGCUUGGCUCCAGUUCAGCGAUGGGUCCAUGUCUCCUCUGGACAACUACAACCCUGCCCACUUCAUUCUUUCUGCUACUUCGUUGGACAAACGAGUUGUGUCGGUGCAGCGCAGUCCGACGUGGAAGUGGCCCGUUGUCGUUCCCAAGGGUGAAGGUCAAGGUUCGAUCGUGCGAGUCGAAAUGAAUCCAGCGGACGUUUGCCAGAAGGGGAAACGACGUAGUAUCUUAGCUACUGGAACAGCAAACAUACAGGUGAGGUUUGGCCAGCAGGAAGACCAGUACAGGCGGAUGCGACCCGACCCGCCGUACUAUGGUGGCUCCAUCUCUGACAUGGAAACUGGGUUGAUCAACCGUGGUGCCACUACCAUCAGAGGCCACGUUCCACUGAGGCCUAGUGGAGGCCGCUUGUCAGCGGACAAUGUCCCGAAUGAAUUCUCAGAAUAUCCAGACCAAUCAGAACUUCCACGGAGUCGCAGCACUGAGGAGAACUUGUCACCAUCUCGACGAGGUCUAACAGACCUGGAGAUCGGCAUGUAUGCUCUCCUGGGAGUCUUCUGCCUGGCAAUCCUAGUUUUUCUUAUCAACUGCAUCUCUUACGCAUAUAAGUACCGAAGCAAACAGCUGUCGCUGGAGGCCCCAGAGGCAAUGCCCCAUGCCCAUGACUGGGUUUGGCUGGGCCAAGAGGAGGGACUGUGCCUGCAGCAGCAGCAGCAGCAGGAGGAGCUGGAUGGCACACUAGAGGAAGGCAGUCAACUUCUAAAUGGAAUCGAAUGUGGUAACUCCAGUGUGGGAAGCUGUAGCUUAAGUGGGCGAGAUCAUAGGAACGAGUCUCUUAACUCACCCACCACCAAGAGAAAGCGGGUGAAAUUCACUACGUUCACCAGUGUUAAGUCCAGUAAUGGAUGUCCAGUGCUCAGCCCUUUAGCAUUGGUGCAGACCAGUGAGAUCAAAUGGGUAUGUCCGGACAUCGAGCUCGGAGACUCGAAGGAUCUUAGGAACUACAUGGAAAGGCUGAAUGAGAACUCUGUUAAGAACAUUGCAUAGGGGAGUACUGUGCAUUUUCAAUUAACGGAACGGAAACUCACCUGAAUGCCUUCAGAUUAAGGAGGGAGUGAAUGUUGAACAGAGAUGCUGAAAAAAUAAAAGCGAAAACUAACUGGGGUUGGUGGUCAAACUGUACCACACCAUGACAGGAUGGGUGCAACCGUUCUGUUUCCAUGGCAGAAAUCAAAGGCUCGAGUACCAGACUUCACUCAGACAUGAUAAUGCCACAACACCUCUGCAUAGUUUUAAACAGACAAAUGUGAAUUUGAUAUUGUUGCUUAACUAAAAUGUAUGUUUUGUCUUUUGAAAUCGGUUUCUAUUUUCAUCGGUUUUUUAAAUGACAUUUUAUUUUUUAUUGUUGUAUUAGUUGUAUUUUUUGUGCUUUGUUCCCUUUUCCCAUAGUUGCUGUAUGCCCUGUAUCACAAACAGUAUUAUACAAGAGAAGAGGUAAACUAAUUUGAAUUGUGUAUAUAAAUGCAGUUUCAUUUUGAAGUAUUAUGUGUAAAGUAACAUUUUGUAAAGUGCUGUUUGGUUUUGUUUAGUUUUUUUUUUAGUUUGAUUUUAGUUUUCGUGCAUUUCCAUUCAUCAGAGCUAGAUUUGGGCAAUACGAAGUGUGCAAAAGUCUUAAGCUCCCUCAUAUUUCUGUAUAAAUGUUUUUUAUUCUUUUUCUUCUUCGGUACAGGUCAUUAAAAAGUAAAGUUUCCAAAUAUUAAAGAACUGUAUCUUUUAUUAAAUCCAAUGAAGAUUAAUAUCAGAUCACAAAGCAUAAUUAUUAUUUUGUAGCUUUAUAGCCCAACACAUAAUUCCUCAAGGACAACAAA